GGCGGUGGCAUUGUGAUGACGUUCGAGAGCAGGACUAGCCAAUUAGAUGAAAGAAACGCUCGCCGACGUCACUGUUAAAGUGAGCGACCGUUUUUUUUUUUUUUUUUUUUUUUUUUUUUUUGGAAGUCAAGAGCUUGGAAUGUUACAAGGACAGAAACAACCAAAAUGCCUCGGUUGUUAUUUAUACUGUCUUGAAGGGCAUCAGUGAACUAUCGUGUAUCGGCUGCUAGAGUUCAAAGUGUCUUGCGUGGAGGUCUCACUUGCGGUGGGCUCUUCCCUGAAAGAGCGGAGGAUGGUCUCGCUCACUUCGAUUCCAUGCAGCCUGAAAUUGCCUUACAUCCAGCUGAGCUGCCAGCAUGUCUCGUGUCUCCUCUACAGCGAAGCGCUAUACUGGCUCUUCUUAUACCAGUCACUACAGCUCAUAUGGCUCCUCCCUGACUCCAUCGCUGGGCUCAUAUGAUCGGGAAAAGCUGCCCUAUAAAAGCUCCUCCUCAGGCUACUCCUCCUCAAGCUACCUGAGCUCAAGUGCCAGCCGCUCCCGCAACUACAGCUCUUCGUUCGAGCCGGAUCGGGGUCGGCCUAUCCCUCGCACCGAUUUGCUGGGUGGACGGCGCAGCGAGAGCCUGAGCCGCACACCGGCAAAGGGCUAUGGCUCGGGCCUCAAUGGAGGCUCGGCAUACAGCAGCUACAGCUACUCUCCGGCCCCUACCAGCUACCUCUCGACCUCACCCGUUUCCUCCAGCAUCUCUCUCAGUCGCAGGAAGUCGGUGAGUCAGAGCGAUUUGACGCACGAUCUAUCAGCUCUGGGCCUGAGCGAGACAUCCAGUGGCAGUGGCCCGAAGCAGUCCUACCAGAGCCGAGGCACUGAUGUAUCUGACACCUAUGGCCAGCUACGCUCCAGCUACGGCCUCUCACGGAGCUCCACACAGGACAGUCUUGGCAGCAGCGGCCUGAAGAGCAGCAGCAGCCGAUUCUCCUCCAGCUGUCGCUCCACCUCACCAGUCAGAGAGUCUUUGAACUCAAAGAGUGCCCAGGGCCUGGUGGGUCUUCGUAAUCUGGGAAAUACAGUAAGUGUUUUUUAA